GAAGGAGAAACAAAGAAGUACCAGCAAAUCAUGGGCAAACAGGAACUGUGCACCAUAGAAAUGACCUGGUCAAAUUGCACUGAAGCAACGGAAUUCAUUUUCUCAGGAUUCACAGAUCGUCCAGAGUUUCAGAUCACCCUCUUUGUGGUGUUCCUAGUGAUCUAUGCAGUCACCGUGCUGGGGAAUCUUGGGAUGAUCAUACUAAUCAGGCUGGAUUCUCAGCUACACGUUCCCAUGUACUUUUUCCUCAGUAAUUUGGCUUUCGUAGAUUUCUGGUAUUCCACAGUCAUUACUCCCAAGUUCUUAGCUGACCUGACAGCAGAGAGAAAAGUCAUCUCUUAUGCUGCAUGUGUAUGUCAAUACUGUUUUAUCAGUUUCUUUGGGAUUGCUGAGUGUUUCCUCUUGACUGUUAUGGCAUACGACCGUUACGUGGCCAUCUGUAACCCAUUGCUUUAUACAGCUCUCAUGUCCCCGAGACUCUGUGUCCAGCUGGUGGCUGGGUCAUUCCUAGCUGGGUUUCUAAAUGGAAUGAUCCAAACUAUUACCACAUUAAAAUUAUCCUUCUGUGGCCCCAAUGUCAUUGACCUGUUCUUCUGUGACAUCUCCCCACUGUUAUCACUCUCCUGCUCUGAUACUACUAUCUAUCACAUGAUCCUUUUGGCCGUGGCUAGUGUGACUGGGGUGUUCACCAGCCUGAUUAUCCUCAUCUCCUAUGUUUUCAUCCUCUCCACCGUCCUGAAGAUCAGGUCCACCGAGGGGAAGCGCAAAGGGUUCAACACCUGCACCUCCCACUUGAUGGUCGUCACCAUAUUCUAUGGCACUGCUCUAUUUAUCUAUAUGCAGCCCAACACCAAACAUUCACGGGGUCAGGAAAAAGUGGUCUCAGUGUUCUAUACGAUGGUAACCCCCAUGUUGAACCCCUUGAUCUACAGCCUGAGGAACAAAGAGGUGAAGAACGCUUUCAAAAGGAUCAUAGAACUGAUUUUUUUUCCCUAG